GCCCCCUUUUUCCUCUUCCGUAUCGUCAACUCGACUAACCAUAUGAGUCCGAAUUUUGGGUUUCGACCCUAAUACUCUAUCAAGUUACUCAUUAUGAUUUCCGCCGCAUGAGCAAAUGUCCGCCUCGGUAUCGGAGAAUAUGGAUCUUCAGGUACCGAUGGGAUUAACAUUUUCUGCUUACGAUGAUUCGUGCCCUCGUAAAUCUCUUUGAAGCAGGUACUCAUUGGAGGGCAAACCGAGUGCGAGCAAUGCGAGCCAACCAAGAGAAUCGUUCAGUGCUUGUCACCACUGCUUUGUCUAUAUAAAUCCAGAGACAAUUCCCAAGAUAGAAAACUCAUCAACUCAACUUAGACCUAUUCGUUUCUCAUUAGAAAAAGACAAAUCUCAAACAACCAUGGAUCUAUCAACCCUCCCAAAAGACUGGGUCGUCACCUCCGGCCAGUUCACCCGCAAAGCACACACCAACGUCUACCCCGCCAUCAACCCAACCCAACCCUCCAACUCCCUCAAAGGCAAGAUCGUCGUCGUAACAGGCGCCAGCCGCGGCAUCGGAGCACGAGGCAUCGCUCCAGCUUUUGUGAAAGCUGGAGUUAAAGCAAUAGUCCUCAUCGCCACAAAUGCGAGCAAAUUGGCUGGUGUUGAGCAAGAACUGAAAAAGAUCAACCCAGAAAUCGAGACGCUGGCUUUAGGCGCGGAUAUCUCCUCCGUAGAGCAAGUCAGCAAGGCAUGGACUGAGAUCAAUGCUCGGUACCCUAAGGUCCACGUGCUAGUCAACAACGCAGGCGUAGAGUGCACCGAGAGCGAGAAGCAGAUGCACGAGCAAGACGCCUCCAUCUUCUUCAAGAACUUCGUAAGUCACCUGCCCUCUAUCCUGAACUAAAUAAGCACUGACAUCCCUACCCAGGAAAUCAACGUAAAAGGCACACACAUCGUAACGCAGCACUUCCUCACCGCGGCUCUCGCCUGGGCCUCACCCACAGACAAAGCCCGCAUCAUCACAAUCACCAGCUCGACCGCCUGGGGCGUCUGGCCAUUCCUCGCCGCGUACGCUAUGACCAAAGCAGCCAAUAUCCAAUACACGACCACGCUCGCAGCCGCGUAUCCCGACACCUUGCUCACGGUAGCGGUUAACCCG